AUGGCUCCUACCAAGAAACUCCAAGUCAUAAAGCUCGGGCAACCCAACGGCUGGCGCAUCGACAGCUACGUCAGUGUUGAGGCCUUGCCGACUGGGUAUGUCUGCCGUCAAUGCAAGAACGGGACAAAACAUCGCUACCCAUCGACCGACGCGAUCCUUGAGACCUACGCCGAGCAUGGAAAAGUCUUUCUCUGUCCAAAAGAACUCGCCAAGAUGGGACACGAGCAACUUAGCGAUAGGACCUGGUGCCUCAAGUGCAUCACCUACGACCAGUUCACCGAAGAUCGGUUUACCCUUGAGCAAUACAAGAGCCAACCAUCAGAAGCCCCCCUUGGCACUCAAAAGACCCAGAUCAAGCUCCAGCGGGAAAAGGUCCGAAAACAAAUCGACCGGCUCCGAGCAGAGCAAGAAGUCCUUCUCCGUCAACGUACAUACUGGGAGAUGGAGGUUGCCGAGAAGCAAGGGACAGAUCUGAACCAGGUACAGAAGUCCUUGAGUGACAAGCAGAGGCAGAUAUUCCGUCUGUGGGUGAUACUGGACGAGCUGGAUGGUAGGAUCAAGUAUCUACGAAAGCAGGCGUGGCGAAAGUUCUUCAGCAUGUGGUUGCCUGUCGAUCCGCCCUCCAGUACUGAGACACGAUCCGGUCCUUCCGACUUUGCGCUUGAGGAUACUAUAAUGGAGGAAUGUGGCAGAUUGUGA